UAUUCCUCCGCGGCUGAGUCAUUCGCAGUACCGGUACGAACUCAUAUACGCGUGUACGUAUGCAUCUAGUCAACCGAGAUUUGUCUUCGAUCGCGAACGUCUCUCAAAUCGGCAAAGAAGUGUCCAGUGCUCUCGCCCUCGAAGGAGACUUUCACCACACGCACACACCCAGAGGAUUACCAAUUGUGAUUGCGGGACAGUCCAAAUGAAUAGAAGCAGAACUAGCUGCAGCGCUAAUACCAAUCGGCACACAAUCGGAGCAGUCAAACUGAAUGGAAGUUCAAGCAUUCCCCUGAGAAAGCAACUGAGCAGGCAAAGCUCUAAUUCCAGCACUACCUCCAGAGUUACGAUAAGUGAUCCAGCCCACAGGUGGAAGCAAAAAUAUGAAGAAAGUGAAGAAAAGCGGAAAAAACUACUCACCGAGAAAGAAAAAGCUCUCAGAAGCCUCAAUGACUUGGAGAAGAAGAACCUUAACCUUCAGGUGAAACAUGAACACUUAGAAACGGAACUGUUCGAGAAGAAUGAGGAGUUCACAAAACUCUCCACUGCAUCAAAAAACUUGUACAAGGAGUACGAAACUUUAAAAAAUCAGUAUGAGACGGAAACUGGUGCUAUGGCCAGGGCCUUAAAAGAUGCUUCGCAAUGGUACAAGGAGAACAAAGAGCUCAAACGAAAAACUCUCUUCCUCUCUGACAAGGAUGCGGUGGAUGAGGGUGUGGACACCGGGGAGUCAGCCGGAGAUGCUGACAUAGAAAAUCUAAACAAAACGAUUAAACACUUAAGCACAGAAGUUGCAGAACUGCAGACUGAAUUAGAUUCUGUGAAACAGUCGGAGUUUCAAGCUUUGGAGAACAACCUUAAACUAAAUGAGGAGUUAGAGGCAACAAAAAAAGAAAACAAAUCUCUGAAAGUUGAAUUAGACGAAUUAAAAAACGAACGCGAUCAGCUUCUGAGAUUGUCGGAUGUCCUGAAGAAGGAAGUAGAAAAGCUAAGAGAAAUCGAUCAGCAACAACGUGAAAGCAUUGACUCGCUAAAAAAAGAAGCUGAAGACUGCAGAAAAGAGCGAAACGUUUUGGCUCACCAGAGUACGUUACUCUUACAUGGUUUGUGCGACGACGAUGAAGGGGCAAAUAACUUAUUUUUACUUCAAGAGAUUGAGACCCUGAAGAGGACGUUGGAGGAAGAGAGAAAUAAAUAUGACGAAGAAAUAGCGGGGUUACAGGAAAGGCUAGAAGACUCCGAGACCAACUCCCACGUGGAGGUUUUGGAAGAGCGACUCAAAAUCGUUGAAGCCGAACUCCAAGGUGCAAUAGCGAGAGCAGAGGCGGCGGAAGAAAAGGCCAAAGCAGUUCCUUUAGCACCACCACCACCUCCGCCGCCGCCGCCUCCGCAGUUUACGCCUGCUGACCAACCCCCAGUCGUGCCAUUGAGAAGAAGAAAGAGUAGAGCAACCGUGCAAGAGCUUGCGCAAAGUAUAGGAGUCGAAGAUAGUGGGCAAGAAAAGAAAGUGGUGGCUGCCCCAGGUGUGAACGAUGACAUAAUCAAUGCCAUCAAAGAGGGAAAGUUUACACUGAAAAAGGCGAAGAAGGAGAGUAAUAAGGAUAAGGAGGCGCCAAAAGCCGUAUCGGAAUUGUUGAACAUUUUAGGGAGCUUGAGGCGUGCGCCUAAAAAGAGGCAAAGCCAGUACCUUGGAGAUGUACAGUUGUAAAUUAACACCUUUUUUAUAAGCCUAUGUUUACGUCCGUUUUUUAUAUACAUGUUUUCCAAGUUUAUAUUUUGUAACAUAACGAAUGUAUUAAUAAAGCGAUCUCUAUUUUUUUCUUUU